AUGCUUGGGAGGAGACCGGAACCUGGGCUCCGGACGCGGCCGAGGAGACCACGGUGCGGGAGGGGACACCACGCUGAGUUGGCCCGCACCUCUCCGCCGCUGUCUGCAGCCCGGGGGGCCCGUUCCUCCGCCCACAGGCUGGGGUCCGCUUCAGCCCCCUCUCCUUCGGCGCAACCGGCCCGGCGGUGCGAUGACCGUCACGUACACAGCCCGCGUGGCCAAUGCGCGCUUCGGAGGAUUCUCGCAGCUGCUGCUGCUGUGGCGCGGGAGCAUCUACAAACUUCUGUGGCGCGAGCUCGUCUGCUUCCUCGGGCUCUACAUGGCGCUGAGUGCCGCCUAUCGCUUCGUGCUGACAGAAGAGCAGAAGCGUUACUUCGAGAAGCUCGUCAUCUACUGUGAUCAGUAUGCCAGUCUCAUCCCUGUCUCUUUCGUGCUGGGUUUCUACGUGACGCUGGUGGUGCACCGCUGGUGGAACCAGUACCUAUGCAUGCCGCUACCCGACGCGCUCAUGUGCGUGGUGGCAGGCACGGUGCACGGACGCGACGAGCGGGGCCGCCUCUAUAGGCGCACGCUCGUGCGCUACGCCGGGCUCUCGGCUGUGCUAAUCCUGCGCUCAGUGAGCACCGCGGUCUUCAAGCGCUUCCCCACCGUCGACCACGUAGUGGAGGCGGGAUUUAUGACCCGGGAGGAGCGGAAGAAGUUCGAGAACCUGAACUCGUCCUACAACAAGUAUUGGGUGCCCUGCGUCUGGUUCUCCAACCUGGCUGCUCAGGCCCGGCGCGAGGGCCGCAUCCGGGACAACAGCGCCCUUAAACUGCUGCUCGAGGAGCUGAAUGUGUUUCGGGGCAAGUGUGGAAUGCUCUUUCACUACGACUGGAUCAGCGUACCCCUUGUCUAUACCCAGGUGGUGACCAUAGCUGUGUACAGCUACUUCCUGGCCUGCCUCAUCGGUCGCCAGUUCCUGGACCCAGCUCAGGGCUAUGACGGCCACAACCUGGACCUGUGCGUGCCCAUCUUCACCCUGCUGCAGUUCUUCUUCUAUGCGGGCUGGCUCAAGGUAGCCGAGCAGCUCAUCAAUCCCUUCGGAGAAGACGACGAUGACUUUGAGACCAACUUUCUGAUCGACCGCAACUUCCAGGUGUCCAUGCUGGCUGUGGACGAGAUGUAUGAUGACCUGGCCAUGCUGGAGAAGGAUUUGUACUGGGACGCAACCGAGGCUCGCGCCCCCUACACCGCAGCCACGGCGUUCCUGCUGCAGCAGCCCUCCUUCCAGGGCUCCACCUUCGAUAUCACGUUGGCUAAAGAGGACAUGCAGUUCCAGCGGCUGGACGGCGCGGACGGACCGCUAGGCGAGGCGCACGGCGACUUUUUGCAGCGCCUCCUGCCGGUAGGCGCAGGCAUGGCCGCGGGAGGCCUGCUCGGCCGGCGCCUGUCCCUAAUGCGCCGCAAGAACAGCUGCGUGUCUGAGACGUCCACAGCCGCCAGCUGCGCGUGCGCAGGCGCCCCCGAUGGCGCGGCCCCGGAGUGUGGUUGCGGGGACCCGCUGCUCGACCCCGGCCUGCGGGAGCCAGAGCCGGACCUCCCCGUCGGCCCCGAGAUGCCCGUUCCGGGGGCCGCCCCCGAGCCCUUCACAACCGUGCCUAUGCCCGCGCCGCGGGGACCGGCUCCUCCCUGGCUGCCCAGCCCCAUUGGCGAGGAGGAGGAGAGUCUAGCCUGAGGCCCUCAGGCCUAGGAUCCCCAAGGACAGGGACACAAACCCCGACAGGGAACGCAGGCAGCAUUUGGGGCCUGCAUAAGCCGAGUGUGGACUCUUAACCUGUCCGAUUUCGACCGGUUCCCGCCUCCUGCGCGCGGUCCUUCACGGCUGGCACUGGGGCUUUGAGUGCCUCCUGUGGGCCAGGCACUGGGCUAAGGGUGAAGGAUUCUUCCAGCUUCUUUGAACAGCCGGUCCUUCCCAGCAGCUCUACUUCCCUCCUUCUACUGCCUGGGAGGACCCAUCAGUGUGCCUUGCCUUUAUUUUUUCCUUAAAAUGGAGAUGUGAGUGCCUACCUCAUUGAGUUAUGGGGAUGAAGUAACGAUUUUAGAGUGUUGAUCCAUUAUAGGUGCUCAAUAAAAUGUUAAUGGU